GCACCGCCUGCGCUGCCGGCGCCAAUCCGCCUGAUGUUCCUUGCCUCCUCCUCCCCUCAUCAACAUCGGGAGGGGACCCGUGCCCGGGCCCUCCUCCUCGAACGCGACGAAACUAUCAGCUAAUCUCUGCGGCGUCACUGCCUCGGCGGGUUCUCAGCACGGCCAACACGCGCCGCACUCACGCAUCAUGUCCGGCCCCUCGACCUUUCCUGAGCCAGAGAGACAGCCCGGCGGCCUGCUAUGCUGCAUACCGGCCAGGCCUGGCGUCCUUGGGACCACCUUCCUGGGCAUGUUCUUCAGCGGGGUGCUCACGAGCAUGUUGUGGAUCGAGGUCGCCAACGCCCGGGGCUUCAUUCCAGUCGCGAAAGCUGCACUGAUCAGCAGCGGGGUAGUGUCCUGCGCGACGUUCGUCGUUUGCUUCCUUGGGUUGAUCGCCACAGUUGCGCGCCGCUUCGAUGUCCUGCGCGUCUACAUGUAUACCGCUUGCGCCAUUCUGAUCCUUCAGAGCGGCUUCUUCCCUUGGCUGGUGUACCAGGUCGUCGUGGGCACAGAUCCUGCGUUCGCUGGCAUACCACUACUCAAGGUCUGCCGACACACCAUCAGCGUCGAGCAGCAGACGCAGUGUGGUAGCCUGUUACGCGACACUCAGAGCGUCAUAUACACGUUCGUCGGUCUCGCAUGGUUUACGCAAGUCGAGGCCACGAUAGUUGUCGCUCGCUACGUCCUGCUUCUGAAUAGGGAGCGCCGACGCGAGGCACAGCGUCAACCCGUCAUCUUCACCAGGGAACGCAACAUCUCGCACACACGCGUGGACUCAUCGCAAGUCAGGCCGGAGCAGCAGCUCCUGAUGCCUCAGCCGGAAGUACAGCGCGAGUUCGAUCCGUACGCUGAAGUCGGACACUCGAUGCCUCAGUCGGCGCACCCGGGCUUUGCGCCUGAGCCUGUAAGCAGUAUUCCGCAUUACGCCGCCGUCCCGACGGACGACAUGCAUCGGAAUAACCUCCCGCCCGGUGCGAUGGGCGCCACGUAUGGUCGUCCCAGGCAAUCUACGCCGCCUAUGGAGCGUUCGCAGCACUCGGCCACACCGCCGAAGGGACUUGACGCUGCGCCCACGUUCCCAGUGGCUCAUACAACACCUGAGCCUGCGCAGGCUGUGUUGUAUCAAGAUUCGCCGAAUUCGUCGGGUUCAUUCAUACAAUCUAUGCCCAUCGCGAACAACGCUACCCCUCCGAGCAUCGGACACCGACCAAAGGAUACGCCAACCCUGCUCGAGCGCCGCUUGUCACGGCCCCUUCCACCCCUACCGCCAUCCGAUUUCCCGCGGCCGUCGACCUCAUCACCGUCACCACCUUCCGUUCAUCACCUCUCGUUAACCCGACCUUCGUACUCGCCGCCUCCUACCCUCUAUCCAGAUCCCCCUCCUGGCGCACCCCGACCGCCACCAUCCAGCUACCCCCUACCUCCGCCGCAGUACUCCGCGCAGCUCGCCGCCUACGCGUCGCAGCUGUCACCAUUACCAUCAUCCCCGACCGAGGACACCCGACGCUCGGGGUACACCUGGGAGACGCAGACCCCGUCGUCCGAGACGCAUAGCGGGAGUAGCACGGAAACAGCAGCGGCCGAGAUGAGCCACCAGUUUGUGCGCGAGGAGCAGUUGCGGGCGUGGGAGGAGCAGCAACGGGCUUGGGAGGAACAGCGGCGAGCGUGGGGGGAUGGUAUCACGGAGGUCGCCCGUUCGAGGGAGGAGAGGGAGGAGAUGAGCGCGCAGGGCGAGGAGGAGACGACGCCGCGAUGGCGUACAGGGCCUGAAAUCACUGGCACACCAGAUACAGUCGGACAACCUCACAUAGAUACACUCAAGGAACCUCCACGACCACUGCUUCGCGUAAGGACACCGCCAGCACCUAGACCACUUUCUAUUGUACACGAAGAGCGCUCGGACGAUGCGAUGACCGCGCGAUAUGUCGAAGGACCAUAGCACUUAUAUCUUUACGGACAUUACUUACGGACUCGUUUGCAUACUUAUGAUAAUUCGCACGGAUUUUGAGCAAGA